GGUUUUUCUUGUUACCAUUUCCUUUUCUUCCAAGUAUGGCUCCAAUUUUUUCUGUCCAUAAAUGCUCCGCCGAGGAAGUAGAGCACUGUUUUUACGGCUGGUCAAAGACAGAACGAUGGAAUCCCGGUUUAGAUGGGCAAGAUAUCCUCCAAGUAUAUUAUGACAUGGAUCCCCAAGGUUUUUUCGUGGGAAAGGUAGAGGAAGCAAGUUCAAAUAAGAAGCCUGUUUCCAUUAUCUCCGGGGUCAGACACUCGGAGGACAUCGCUUGGCUUGGCUACUAUGUCGCAUUGCCAGAGUAUCGCGGUAAAGGCUACGGUUUGUCAGUCUUCAAGCGUGCUCUGGAACGCGUCGCCGAUGCUCCGUCGGUUGGCUUGGAUGGUCUGAUUCCUCAAGUGGAAAACUACAAAAAGUCCGGUUUCAAGACUAUCAGUUGGGAGAAUCAGCGUCGCGUUGGACCUGUUGAAGAAGCAGUAACGAAACUUACGGCGGAUCCUUCGAUCCGAACGGUGGAUGCAUCCGAAGUAGCACUGGAUGAGAUUGUGGCGCUUGAACAUCGGUAUGGCGGAUUUAAACGCCCGCUGUUUGUUUCUCGCUGGUUAAAGUUCCACAAAGACCGCUCUGAUGACGGCCGUUUCGCGAUCGCUGCCGUGAAAGGAGACCAAGUGAUUGGAUACGCUUGCGUGCGACCUGCUACGGAAUCUUAUCGAGUUGGGCCCUUGUACGCGGAAAACAGAGAAAUCGCCGAAACUUUACUUAAGCGUCUUGCUGAACUGGUGCUGGAAGGACUUUCAUCACCAAGCAAUCGUGUGCCUGAUUCAGUGUCCCGUACUCUUCAUCUUGACAUUUGCAUGAAGAACAAAGAUGCCGUAGCCUUGUUUGACGGUCUUGAAUGGGGAAGCAUAUUCUCUAGCAUGCGCAUGUGGAGAGGGCAAGAACCUAAGACUGAUGCUGCUGGCGUUUUCGUAGUCACCAGCUUAGAAAUUGGUUAAUCUGGUUGUUUUCAUUGAUUUCUUGUGCUCCUUCAUUUUGACAUUUCUGAUUUGAGAAUCAAUAAAAGUGUUUUUAUAUAUA